AACAAAUAAGAUUUAUAUCAGAUCUGACUCAUUUGAAUUGUUACCUCGUUGAAAAUUUAAUAUUUAAUCCUUUGCCUGAUUGCGACAUUCAGAUGUUGCGUCUGAUAACCCGUCCCUUCCAACUCCCUUCAUCAUCCUUGUUUUUAAAACAAGGAUUUGCCCUCAAUUCUAGAAAAAUGGCAAGUUCUACUACACCGGACUUCAACAAGGUCUUGUAUGCUCCUCUGGCAGAGAUCGAUCCUCAAGUGCAGAACAUCAUCGACAAGGAAACUUGGAGGCAGUUUUCCGGACUCGAGCUUAUCGCAUCUGAGAACUUGACGAGUCGCGCAACUCUCGAGGCAAAUGGCUCGAUAUUGACCAAUAAAUACUCAGAGGGUCUUCCCGCAGCCCGUUACUAUGGUGGUAAUGAACAUAUCGAUGAGCUUGAAGUUCUUUGCCGCAAGCGGGCCCUUGAAGCAUUCAACCUCGAUCCUGCUACGUGGGGUGUGAAUGUCCAGCCCUACUCUGGCUCUACUGCCAACUUUGCGGCUUUGACCGCUCUCCUCCAGCCUCAGGACCGUUUGAUGGGCCUUGGCCUCCCUGACGGUGGACACCUAACACAUGGUUACUAUACUGCCAAAAAGAAGAUGACCGCUUCUUCAAUAUACUUCCAGUCUUUCCCUUACGCUGUCGAUCCCUCAACACACCUUAUCGACUAUGCAGGCCUUGCACGGCAAGCAAAGAUCUUCAAGCCCAGACUAAUCAUCUGCGGUGCCUCUGCCUAUCCCCGUGACUGGGACUAUGCCGCCUUGAAGAAGACCGCAGAUACAGAGGGCGCAUACCUCAUGGCUGAUAUUGCACACACCAGCGGUCUUAUCGCAGCACAAACACUCAACAACCCUUUUGAGUACUGCGAUGUUGUUACCACCACGACCCACAAGACCCUCCGCGGUCCUCGCGCUGGCCUCAUCUUUUUCAAAAAAGACGGACCCAACAGCCAGGAUCUCGAGAAGCGCGUUAACGACGCUGUAUUCCCUGCCUGCCAGGGUGGCCCUCAUAACAACACUAUCGCCGCUGUUGCUACUGCCCUUCUGCAGGUAGCUCAGCCCGCAUUCAAGGCAUAUGCCAAACAGGUCAUCGCCAAUGCUCAGACAUUGGCAUCUGUCCUGCAUGAGAACGGCUACAAACUCCAGACCGGAGGUACUGACAACCACCUUGUUCUCUGGGACCUCCGUCCCCUUGGCUUGACUGGCAGUAAAGUCGAGAAGGUGUGCGACCUGCUGGGCAUCACGAUCAACAAAAACGCGGUUUCUGGCGAUGCAUCUGCUCAGACUCCUGGCGGUAUCCGUCUCGGUACAUCAGCACUUACGUCCCGUGACAUGACCGAGGAGGACAUCAAGGUUGUUGCUGGCUUCCUGCACCGGGCUGUACAACUUUCGCUUUUCCUCCAAAAAGAGGCUGGCUCCAAGCUUCUCAAAGACUUCAUCCGCGCCGCUACCACCGAGGGCUCAGCGGGUGCAGCUCAGGUGAAAGAUCUCCGCAGAGACGUCGUCGAGUUCGCACGGAGGUGGCCGCUCCCUGGCGCAAAUGUCAGCACGCUCCAGCGUCCGGCGGGUAUUGAGGAGGACUUUUAGGCGUCGAUGUGGGGGUGUACUCGGGUGUUUGAGGCGUGUUCAAAAGAUUCAACGGUCACUUGUUGCGUAGCGUGGGCAUUCAACAUCGUUCACAUCAGGGUGGGCAUUCAACAUCGUCUACAUCUGACAGAGGUGUAUCUAUAGAUGCUGCAUUUUAUAAUUAAUGUAUUCGCAGUUUGACAGUCGUUCAUCGUUUGCUUUGAAUUCAUGUGACUCCAACGCAGUCCGACACCAUUGGGACGCGCGGACCCUGCGUCAUGCCUGAUCCUAUGUCACUAC